AUGAGUCUGUGUAGCGAAGGAUUAUCGAGCGAUCAGUAUUUCUUGGUUAAUUUCAUCAUGAGCAAUUACUUGGGUCCUGAUGUGUAUUCUGAUAACCCAAGAUGUUCAGCAUCUCAGAGAUUAGCCAAAGGUUUACCACCUUACACUUUGAACCACAUUGGACCUUCUUCUUUAACCGUUGUGCAGCUACAGAGCUUGUACUAUUACGUACUGAGAAACGCCAACUCCAGCCUCGUUCUUCAUCCCGAUAUGAUUUAUAUGUAUCUGAAGGGGUAUCUACCUUUGGAACCCGUUGGAGAGUUUCAUCAAUUCACGUAUUUUUUCCCGACUAAUCUUCACCCUCAGAAAAGGUAUUCCCCGAGCCACGAGAUCGUCAAAGGGAUUGUUGUUAUUGAUGAUCCUGCAGUGGCAUUCAUAAGCAAUGAAGAACUCCAAAGGUUCAGAUGCUUGUCACGUUUGGACGACCUGAAAAUCGACAGAGUCGUGUCUUUAUCUCCUCGGCGUGUACAGCUGGAUGAAACCCGGGGAACCGAGCAGGACUGUGCAAGAAAUAGGGAAGAGAAAUCCAAUGGACUUGUCACUGUCGCGUCUUUAUCUCCUCGGCGUGUACAGUUGGAUGAAACCCAGGGAACCGAGCAGGACCGUUCAAGAAAUAUGGAAGAGAAAUCCAAUAGACUUGUCACUGUUGCAUCUUUAUCUCCUCAGCGUGUACAGCUAGAUGAAACCCGGGGAACUGAGCAGGACCGUUCAAGAAAUGGGGAAGCGAUAUCCAAUGGACUUGUCACUAACCAUGACUGCAAUUCAUCUGGAGAGAUUCAAGAAACUUGCGAGAGAAAGAAAGAGGAAGAAGCAGUUGUUGGUCAUGCUGUUUGCGUAAUCAGUAAAACCCCAGAAAGCCAGGGAACAGAGGAGGAAUGCUCAAGAAACGAUGAAGCUACCUCCAAUGAACUUGUCUCAGACAAAGACUGCAAUUCAUCCGCAGAGCCUCGGGAAACAAGCAAGAGAAAGAAAGAGGAAGAAGAAGCAUAUGCUGAUCAUGCUGCUUUCGGAAUCAGUAAAACUCCAGAAAGAUUCCGGGAGACGUACAAGAGAAAGCGGUUCAAGAACUCAUCAACAAAAGCAACAAACAAGAAUGGCGAAACUGCUAUGGCAAGAGACAAAUCAGAUCACCACAGGAGCUUUGCACUCGUACCUUUUCCUCCUGAGAUGAAGGAAUGUGAUACAGAACCAUCAUUCGUAAUUAACGGAACAGCGAGUAAAGGAACUCUAGGACCAUCCGUUGGUGUUGUCGAUAUCGGUGUCAACAAAGUUGCGUACUUUUUUCAAGUUGCUUUACCCGGUGUCCGCAAAGGUCACGGUGAAUUCAGCUGUGAGAUUGAAUCAGAUGGAAAGGUUAUUCUGGAAGGAAUGACUACAACAGGCGAGAAAACGAUCAAGAGGCAUUCUCGGGUUUUCGAUAUGAAUGUCGGAAAGCUGUGUCCACCUGGACCGUUCAAACUGUGCUUUAGUCUCCCAGGACCAGUUGAUCCGCGUUUAUUCUCUCCUAACUUCCGAUCAGACGGUAUCUUCGAGGCUGUCAUUAUCAGACACAAAAACUCUUAA